AUGGAUAUCGAACACAAGCGGAAGCGGGUUGCCAAAGCCUGUCAGAAAUGCAGGUCCAUGAAAUCAAAGUGUGACGGACAACGGCCGGCAUGCAGUAGAUGUCAGGGCUACGGGUAUACCUGCGUUUACCGCUUGCAGCGCCCUCGAUUGCGGACUGGAACAGACGACCGCUUCAACCAUAGCAUUUCCGAGAGGCUACCGGACUUAUGUGAUGCAAUACAACUACAAGAGAGAUUGCUGGAUCAUGUUAUUUCUCUCCUACCAUCUGGUCCGGAACAAGAAGCGGUCCUUCUGAAGAACGCAAGUGUCAAAUCGCAGCUUGACAACGCCAUCUCUAGCACCAAGGCUGAAGUCUUACCGCAGGCAGUGGCUAGCGAGUCUCGUAGCAGAUCACCUUCCAGCCAUAGUGAUCGGUCUCCAGGCUACUUGGGCGAGGUUAGCGAUAUUCGCUUUGUUAAUCUCGUGAAAAAAAUUCUGCAAACCCAAGAUGGGACCGCGAUGACACAAAAUGAUUUUGAGAGCUACGAUCAAGGCGAGAGCUUAUUACCGUCUAAUAGGCCCUCUUGUCCCAUCAUCCUACUACCUGUCUUUGAGGAAGCUAAGCAUUAUAUCAAUGCUUUUUUUACCACCAUCCAUAUUGCUUACCCUUUUAUUCCCGAGUCGCCUUUCAUACAAAAUUAUAAGGCGCUAGAAAGUCAUGACACUCCCCAGGUUCAGAGCUGCAAGAGUAUCUUCGAGACAGCGCUAUCAUAUACAAUUUGCGCCAUUGGGGCUUAUUAUAAAACUUUGCCUGGCAAGGACGAAACCGUAGGUAUGCUGCACGAGAAACUUUACUCAUACGCUUUAACUCUAGCACCAACUUCCAACAUGGAACGAUCACUCGGUCACGUCGUACUUCUUUUGGCGAGAUGCUUCUACCUCCUGGUUGUGUGCAAGACAGAAAGUUGUUGGACAGUACUUGGCCAAGCAGUUCGUGUAGCUCAAAGCAUUGGGCUGCACAUAGAAAACGAGGAAGUAGACCAUAUAAAACCCGGUCAUUCCCCAGAGACCGAAAAACGGCGCCGCGUGUGGUAUUCCAUCUAUGUAUUAGAUCGACUUCUUUCAUUACAGCUUGGUCGCCCCCCAGCGAUCCAUGAUGAUGAUUUCAACGUCCCAUUACCCACAAGAGCCAGUGACACCGAGAUUGAUUGGGCAGGCGAACUCAUCGAAGAGAGAGACAACAGUGAUGCAUCGUCGGGAGACUAUUUCCUCGAAGUAAUUGCCUUCUCGGGAAUUGUCGGGCGAGUUCUCCGCAGCCUAUAUCGUCCUAGGAGAAGCCAUUUCGCCUCGGAAGAUUUGCUCACUACGGAAGACCUCGAUCGACAACUUGUGGAAUGGAAAUUAGCCCUCCCGAGAGCUCUUCGUUUUGAUCUAGGUCAUACAUUUGAGCAACUACAAACGUUCAAGAGACAGCGAAACAUGCUGGCCAUAAAGUAUCACCAUCUCAGGGCUCUCAUCUACCGCCCGUAUUUGUGUCACCCGCUUCUGAUGCACCUGGCCGAUCCAACUGCCACCAUUAGCCAGCUAGAUUGGCCGCUGAUACGCUCGUACGAGAAAGCAUGCAUUUCGGAAGCACGGGAGACUGCACGGUUGCUACAUGGGAUCUCCAGCAAAGAGGAACUGGUUCAUGGAUUCCCAUGGUGGCAGAUGAUAUCAUGCUUAGUAUGCGCUAGCUCUAUCUUGCUAGUAUCUAGCAUGUUUGCCGAAGCAACGCUUGAAUUGUCGUCCGAGUUUGAUACUGCCGGGCUGUCUGACGACGCAGAAACAUGUCUCAAAGUUUUCGAUGCCCUCAGUAUAAAGUCACCAGGAGCGAGGAUCGCGCGAGAUAUGAUGAAAGCUUUGAAAGACUGCGGGGUGAGGUUUAGUGAGUAUAGCGCCGGAUAA